AUGUCUCGUGCUGUGAGUUCAUCGUAUUGCAUAUACCCUACGAGGCCGCAAGUUGAGGACAGUCCACAAGGAAGCGUGCUGGACCCCCAGCAUUUCUGCAGCUUGGAUCCCAAACGUCAUGAUUCCAUCCGAAACUAUCUAAGUAACUGGGGGAAGUUCCGGAGUACUUCUCUUGCAACUUUUCCAUUGCUCCAUAAAUGGCUGCAAACUAUAGUUCUGCGUGGCAUAACAGAGAGCAGAAGGGUCUUGAGUGGCAUGCUUAUCCGACGGUGCCAACUCAUCAGGAAUCGCCUGGAACUGGAAAUUGGAAAGACCCUUCACAGCGUCAGGCCCUCUGACUCAAAACAGCCGCCUGUGGUUAUGUUUGAUGUUGACAAACGUUAUGUGGAAGCUUUUGGAAUACAAGAGCGUGGUCAGUUGCAUGAAUGGGUUAACAUGGCAUUGUGCUGA